GACCAAGGAUGGCGCAUGCGCAGCAAGGCGGCUCGGCCCGCCGCCGCUCAAGGUCAAGCUCGGGGAAGGAGCGCUAUUGCGCACGCGCAGACGCGACGUCCUUGCGCAGCUUUUCUGUCUGUCCCCUGCGGGCCGCCGUGGGUUCCGGUUCCGGUGGGCGCCCCGGAGGCUGAGGGGAUGGCGGCGCUCGCGAGGGUCUCCCGGCUGCUGCUCGCCGCCGCCCCGCGCUCCCUGCCGGGGCGCCGCAUGUCGGCCGCGGCCCACGAAGCCGGCGGAGCCCGCCUGUGGAAGCUCCUGAGCUUUGUGGUUGCUCUUCCCGGCGUUGGUGUGUGUAUGCUGAACUGCUACUUAAAAGCACAGCAUGAGCAUGAAAGACCCGAAUUCAUUCCUUACGCUCACCUCCGGAUCAGGACCAAGCCUUUCCCCUGGGGUGACGGGAACAAAACUCUAUUCCACAAUCCCCAUGUUAACGCUCUCCCAACUGGUUAUGAAGACGAAAACUAAGAUCUUGACCACAGCCAAAACUUUGGCUCUUCCUGCAUUUGGACCAGAAUGUUCUAUGGGAACCAUCAUUUAAGAAACUCUGCAUUCCUUCUACCAUCAAGUUGAAUGGUGUUGCGACCUCUGUUAUGUACUUGUGGAGGGGUCCUUCAAAUAAAAACUCCUAACUUGAA